UGCGGCAGAACCAAAAAAAUGUUAUCACCACCGGAUAAACCCAUAAAUCCGACCGAUCUCAACAUCCCAUCAGGCCUGGAAAUCCUCCAGACAUCCGCCUUCUUACUCUCACACAACUCUCUCUCUCUCUCGCCAUGGCUGAAACGGCAGAACUCGAAACUCCCCCAGCGGCUGCAGUGCUGCCCACAGACACCGUCGACCAGAGCGAAACAGAGCAGGAACUGGUUGCCACGGACGACAAUGCUCUCACUCAAGCAACAGAGACCGCCGUGACGGUCAUCGAGACCGAUGGGAACGGGGCGCAAAAGAAAACUAAAAAGAUUAUUCGACGAAAACGACGACCAGCCAGACCGCAGGUCGACCCUGCGACGGUUAAAUCCGAGCCGCCCCCCCAGACAGGAACAGUCUUCAACAUCUGGUAUAACAAGUGGUCUGGCGGUGAUCGCGAGGACAAGUAUCUGUCGAAACAUGCGGCGCCGUCGCGGUGCAAUGUCGCCAAAGAUAGCGGAUACACACGCGCGGAUAAAGUGCCUGGAUCAUACUUUUGUUUGUUUUUUGCUCGUGGGGUCUGUCCUAAGGGCCACGAAUGCGAAUACCUCCACCGACUGCCUACGCUCCACGACCUCUUCAACCCCAACGUAGACUGCUUCGGGCGCGACAAGUUCAACGAUUACCGGGACGACAUGGGUGGCGUGGGUUCAUUCAUGCGCCAGAAUCGCACCCUCUACGUUGGUCGCAUCCACGCCACAGACGACAUCGAGGAAGUCGUAUCCCGCCAUUUCGCCGAAUGGGGCCAGGUUGACCGAAUCCGUGUCUUAACUUCGCGGGGUGUCGCGUUCGUCACAUACACGAACGAAGCCAACGCGCAAUUCGCCAAGGAAGCCAUGGCUCACCAGAGUCUAGACCAUAGUGAAAUUUUGAAUGUGCGCUGGGCGACUGUGGAUCCAAACCCCUUAGCCCAGAAGCGAGAGGCGAGGAGGUUGGAAGAGCAGGCAGCGGAGGCUGUAAGGAGAGCGUUGCCGGCUGAUUUCGUGGCGGAGCUGGAGGGAAGAGACCCCGAGGCGCGGAAGAGGAAGAAGAUCGAGGGGAGCUUCGGGUUACAGGGGUAUGAGCCUCCAGAUGAGGUAUGGUAUACUCGGACAAAGGAGUUGGAGGAUGCAGGGGCCGCGGGCCAAAUUGAGGGGUCGGGUCAAUCACUUAUGAUUGAGCCUGCGGCUGCUGAUAGCGAGGCUGAAACUGGUGGCGGGAUCUUUUCGAGCUCCGCUGUUGCGGCCUUGAGGGGGCUAUCGGGUGGGAAUGUGACGACAAAACAGGCACCAAAAGCUUCUGGUCCCUUAGUGGCGUAUGGAAGCGAUGACGAAAGCGAUUAAUUUACGGGGUUGCAUUAUUACAUUCAGUUAUAUGUAUAAUAUCAGAGAUACCUUUCUUGGCUUCUUAUAUUCUCUCUUCCCCAGCUGCAACGGAGUCGAGGGCCCUGGGUAUAAUAAUAAUACGUAGAAACGCUGAGGGGAGAUGCUAG